UUAAGGAUAAUCAAUUUUUUAUAAGGAUUCUAAUAAAUAAAAUGAGUUCCGACGAUAUUCAUCUAAAAUUAUCUGAUAUUUUUUUAACUGCCAUGGAUGCAACAGUAGGAUUUACUGUUACAACAAUAAUAGGCUAUUUUUUAUAUAGAAUAAUGACUAGAAGAAGAUUAAAAGAGUCUGGAGAAACAGACGAUUCUAUAAAUAAUGUGGUGUUCACUGACGAGUAUGAUAAUUAUAAACUCAUCUUAGUAAUCAGAACUGACUUAAAAAUGGGGAAGGGUAAAAUUGCAGCACAAUGUGCUCAUGCUGCUGUUUCAGCAUAUAAAGCGGCUACAAAACAUCCAAAAAUUUUGGACGCUUGGGAAGAAUCUGGGCAAGCAAAAAUUACUGUAAAGGUUGACAGUGAAGAUGCUCUAAAAGAAAUAGCAAAACAGGCAAGAUCUAUAGGUCUCUUGGCAAAUGUAGUACAAGAUGCUGGCCACACACAAGUAGCACCUGGAAGUAGAACUGUAUGUGCAGUUGGUCCAGGUCCAGCUCCAUUGAUAGAUCAAGUGACCGGACACUUAAAAUUGUUUUAAUAAAAUUUUCAAAUAAAGGUGUAUUACUUCGUA